CGCCCCUCGAGUGGACAUUUAUCCUCUACCGCUCAGGCCCUGCCGCCAUCGCCGCAGAUCCAGCGCUUACUGAGACACGAGAGAACCCACCAUGGCCCCCUUUGUGCCCCUGGCCUCCAGCAUCCUGCUGUUACUGUGUCUGACAGCCCCCAGCAGGGCCUGCACCUGUGUGCCACCCCAUCCACAGAUGGCCUUUUGCAGUUCUGACCUGGUCAUCAGAGCCAAGUUCAUGGGGCCUGCAGAAGUCAACGAGACUACCUUAUACCAGCGUUAUGAGAUCAAGACGACCAAGGUCUUCAAAGGGUUCAACGCUUUGGGAGAUGUCGCUGACCUCCAGUUCGUCCACACCCCCGCCAUGGAGAGCGUCUGCGGAUACUUCCACACAUCCCAGAACCGCAGCGAGGAAUUUCUCAUUGCUGGACAAUUGCGGAACGGACACUUGCACAUCACCACCUGCAGUUUCGUGGCACCCUGGAACAGUCUGAGCCUUGCCCAGCGCCGGGGCUUCACCAAGGCCUACGCUGCUGGCUGUGAGGAAUGCACAGUAUUUCCCUGUUUAUCCAUCCCUUGCAAAUUGGAGAGUGACACUCAUUGCUUGUGGACGGACCAGCUCCUCCUUGGCUCUGAGAAGGGCUACCAGAGCCGCCACCUUGCCUGCCUGCCAAGGGAGCCAGGGAUGUGCACCUGGCAGUCACUGCGGCUCCGGAAGGCCUGAAUCCUAUCCCCAGUGGAAGCUGAAGCCCGCACAGUAUUCGCCCGUACCCACGCCUGUCUUCUUCCUGGAUGAUGAAAUAAAGAAGUACCACCCAGCA